AUGCGUAGUUCUGCAAUUACUUCAAACGAAAAGCAACCAGAUGACACCGAUCAGAUGAAGAGAUUAGUUUCGGCGAAGUCGAUUAUUUGUGAGAUGAUAAAUUCGUUAGAGUCGAUUAGACUUCAAUUGAAAACCGAAAGGUUUUCAGCAGUUGAACAACCUUUAUCCCAAUCAAUUUCGUCGCUCAGAAAAUGUGAAUAUGUCAUUGAAGCGAUUCAAUUGAAAAAUACCAAAAUUGAUCAAAAUAGAAAGAAAAUCGUUGAGUGCGCUGUAUGCGAGAAACGUGUGUCAGAAGAUGAAACAAGUUGUCUUUUCAAAAAAACCAACAUUUUCCAAUCGUAUAUUCAACUUUUUGGGGCGAAAUUUGAAGAGAAAUCAAGAAACAGAACCAGAUUAUGGGUUUGUAUUUGUCAUUUGCCUACGAAAACACCGUUAGAACUCUGCGAAAAUCUAGGAGAAAUUCGAGACGAUGAAUUUACACUGUCCGAUUUUCAAAAACAUCCAACACCACUGAAUUUGAAUUAUAUUGAGCAUCGAAAUGCGCCAGCUGUUGAGCCACCCAAUAUCCAGCCGCCCAAUGUUCAACCAAAUGGAUUGAUUCGUGGACAUGAUGUUGGAGAAUGGCCAUUUUCUCAUGCUCAAUCAAAUGUUGAAGUCUGGAAUUCAACACAGGUUAAUUUUUGGGUGAAUUGGAGGUUUUCGAGAUUUUGGGGAAAUAAUUUCUCAAAUUUUUGAUUUAAAAAAUCUAGCAAUUUCCAAAUGUUCAAUUUGCUCCCCUGAAAAAUCCAAAUUUCCCCGUUUUCCCCUUUUAAUUUCAGUUCGAUGUUUUUCUCUCAAAGUCCUCAAUUUUGUUUCCAGAACCCAUCAGCUGUCGAGCCACCCAAUAUCCAGCCGCCCAAUGUUCAACCAAAUGGAUUGAUUCGUGGACAUGAUGUUGGAGAAUGGCCAUUUUCUCAUGCUCAAUCAAAUGUUGAAGUCUGGAAUUCAACACAGGUUAAUUUUUGGGUGAAUUGGAGGUUUUCGAGAUUUUGGGAAAAAUAUUGAAAAAGCGAAAAUUACUUGAAAAAAACAUUAAUAAAGCUCACAAUACUGAUUUUUGAGUGAAUUUUCACUAAAUUUUGAGAAACAGGGUUCUAGGUAGCGUAGAAAAUCAAGUUUCUGGAUUUCUAGGCCAUCUGAAACCCCGGAUAUUCGAAGUUAGAGAAAAUGACCUAGGAAAUUAGAUUUUUGGAUUUCUAAGCCACCUCGAACUUCAAGAUUUUGAGUUCAAUGUUUUUUUUCUAGAAUUCUAGAUGGCUUAGAAAUAUUUGUUGGUUUUCUUGACCAGCUCAAACUUGAAAAUCUUGUUGGCAAAAUUACCAAAUUUUUGCUCAAAACAAUGCUGGAACUUCCGAUUUUCCGAUUCAAGAAAAAACCUAGUGUUAAAUUUUCAAAAAACCGACAAACAGGCUUAUGCGCUCUACUAUAGAACCACCAUAUAAGACUCACGAUCAUCAGAAAAUCUUACAGUUGUCAUAAAGUAGGCAAACCGCUGAAAAAUGAACGUUUCGACGAACAAGGUCGGGCCAUAACACAUUGAAAAAAAUGGCAAGAAAAUUUCAUAGAUCUUUGAAUAAUAUACAAGUUUUCAGAACAAAACGGCGCCAAAACAACAGCAACAACUUGACGAACCACAGCGCCAACCACAUCGCCGACCACGCCAUCAAUAA